CAUGGCUAUGUCCUCUCUUUAGCAUUCAUUUAUGUCUAUUUUUCCCUCUUCGCUUUCUUAAUCAUAAUUUAAUAGAAAAUAAAUUUCCAUUUUUCUCUGUUAUUCUCCGGCGACAUGCCUCGCCCUCCGCCGCCCUCUACAUAUCACCGUCGCACCCACAUCCUCCUCCUCCUCUUUGCUCUCUCUUCAGCCGCCGCCGCCGCUUUGAAGUUCAAAGAAGCGCCUGAAUUCUACAACUCCCCCACUUGCACCUCCAUUGAUCCUCACUCUGAUGACGACCUCUGCUCCGAUCUGGCCGUCCAUGUGGCGAUGACCCUCGACGCCACCUAUCUCCGGGGCUCAAUGGCGGCGAUUCUCUCUGUUCUUCAACAUUCCUCUUGCCCACAGAACAUCUUCUUCCAUUUCGUUUCCUCUGCUUCCACCGACACCACCGCCCUCCGAUUGACAAUCGCUACUUCUUUCCCUUACCUCAAAUUCCAUGUCUACCCAUUUGACGUCGCCGCCGUCGCCGGAUUAAUAUCCACUUCAAUCCGCUCCGCCCUCGAUUCUCCACUCAAUUACGCUCGCAACUACUUGGCUUUACUGAUUCCCCACUGUGUCCAACGCGUCGUUUAUUUGGACUCCGAUUUGAUCCUCGUCGAUGAUAUUGCCAAACUCGCCGCUAUCCCACUUGGGGAAACCGCCGUCCUCGCCGCGCCGGAGUAUUGCAACGCCAAUUUCACCUCCUAUUUCACCCCCACUUUCUGGUCCAAUCCCUCUCUGUCCCUCACCUUCGCCGGAAGAAACGCCUGUUACUUCAACACUGGAGUUAUGGUCAUUCAUCUCCAACGCUGGCGCGACGGCGACUACACCGCCAAGAUCAUUGAAUGGAUGGAGCUCCAGAAACGAAUUCGGAUCUACAAACUCGGCUCUCUCCCACCGUUCCUCCUCGUUUUUGCCGGCUUCAUUGCCCCAGUCGACCACCGAUGGAACCAGCAUGGCCUCGGCGGCGACAAUUUCCGCGGACUCUGCAGGAAUCUGCACCCUGGUCCGGUGAGUCUCUUGCAUUGGAGUGGAAAAGGGAAACCAUGGGUUCGUCUCGAUUCGAACCGGCCUUGUCCACUUGAUGUUCUUUGGGCUCCUUAUGAUCUCCUACACACACCCUUUGCUCUUGAAUCCUAGUUUUCCAGAAAUAUGUGCCAGAAAACAGGGGAAUUACAUUUCUUCA